AUGGCAUAUUCAGAAGGGUACUUCGCCACAUUCAAAACGGUUUCCAAAAUCCUCCAAGCAGGUUUCUGGUGGCCAACUAUGUUCAGAGAUGCUCACGCCUACAUAGCUCGAUGCGAUGCAUGCCAGCGACUUGGGAUCAUCAGCAAAAGGAAUGAGAUGCCUCAGAAUUACAUUUUAGAAGUUGAGGUGUUCGACUGGUGUGAAGUCGAUUUCAUGGGACCAUUUCCUCCGUCCUUCAAGAACGAGUACAUCCUGGUCGCCGUUGACUAUGUCUCCAAGUUGGUAGAAGCAGUGGCGAGUCCCACUAAUGAUGCAAAAGUGGUGACUAAGAUGUUCAGCUCCAUCAUCUUUUCGAUUUGA